AUAGCAACCCGGAGCAGCGCUUCCCUGGCUCUCCCUCUUUCCAACCUUCCUCCCCAACUCCAACUCCCUAUCCCCAUCAUAGGGCCCCCUUAGACCUAUCCUUCUCCCCUCCCGCCGAGUAGCCCACGAUUUCAACCCAUCAGCCAGGGGAUGGCAUCCACAUCUGCCAGGAAUGGGGAGAAAAAGGACAGCUGGUCACCUCAAGCUGCAGCCUCCUUAGGUGGAGGGCAGAAAGUCUCAUUAUCCCGUUCAGAAGAAUUCCUGACCCGUAUCAGCGCAGAACUUACAGAUGAAGCCCUGUUUAUUGCUCGCUCCCACGUGAACUCUGUGCCCAUCAAGGAAAAGCAAAUGAAAGACCAAGGGACUCAGAUAUCUAGACAUGUGUUCUUCACCAAGACCCGUGGCACAGAUACCCGCUCUGACAGAAAUCGCACCCGCACCAAGGCACACCUCCUGCCAUCUCCUCGUGAGAAGGGAGUACUCCCCAACAGCCUGACGACUGGAGGAUGAACUCUAACCUCCCUAGGGCUGUUCUCGGCCUCCUGCCCUCCCCACUUUGCCCCUCAGUGAAAGCCCCAAAGCCCCUCUUCUGCAACCGUCUGAACACCUCGUCUGGGAGGAACUCCUGGUCAUCAGCGUGCCACCCUUGAAACCAACAAAGUCUUCUGGACCUGUUGCAAGACUCCACCUUCCACGGGCAAUCACACUACUGAGGAGAAAAGUUUUAAUAAAGAGCCAGGGAUCCUCCCUUCCCCCAAA